AUCUCUUUGAUUAGAUCUUUUACACUUCCCAUGGAAUCCAACCAGCUCGAAGACUCGAAGAGCUCGAGCGAAGACACCGACGAUAUCCGCACCGGCCGGUCCUACGAGUGCGUGUUUUGCAGGAGAGGGUUCACCACGGCACAAGCUUUAGGAGGGCACAUGAACAUCCACAGGAAGGAGAGAGCCAAGAGCAGCAGGCCUAGUUCUCUUCCUAGAUUUGCAGACAAAGUUUCUGUUUAUGAUGAUGACAACUACAACGUAACCCUAAACCCUAAACCCUGUCCGCCUAUCCAAAGCUAUCGCCCGCAUUACUCCGUGGAUCUUCAUGAGGUAUUACCUGUAAGUUAUCAAACCUUUUUCCCAGAUUCGGGUUGGGGAUGUAGACCCCAAAACAGUGAUGAGUUGUUUGUAGACAAUUCACAGCAUGUGAAUCAUUGGCCUAGGAGUACUCUUAGCUUGGGAAUUGGUCCAUUUGAUCAUGAAAACAACAACACAUAUGGGAGUAGUCAAGAAUAUGAACUAGACUUGGAGCUGCGAUUAGGUCAUGAUCCAUAG